AAUACCAAAACCAAGCUUCCAGACUCACACUCUCGCUUGCUCCCCUCAACAAACCCAACAACUUUGAACUGAGAAGAGAGAGAGAGAGAGAGAGAGAGAGAGAGAGAGAGAGAGAGAAGGAUUUGAUCACUAACCUUUGAUUUAAUCAAAAUUUUGGAGGGGAGGCUUAUCGGACAGUGGAGAUGAGCUGCAACGGGUGCCGAGUACUCCGGAAGGGAUGCAGCGAGACAUGCAUACUCAGGCCGUGCCUGCACUGGAUCGACUCUCCCCAAGCCCAAGCCAACGCCACCCUGUUCCUCGCCAAGUUCUUCGGCCGCAGCGACCUCCUCUCUUUCGUCUCCGCCGUACCGGAAACCCAACGCCCCGCUCUGUUUCAGUCUCUGCUUUUCGAAGCGUGUGGCCGCUCGGUGAACCCGGUGAACGGAGCGGUGGGGCUUCUGUCGAGCGGGAACUGGCAAGUGUGCCAGUCGGCGGUCGAGACGGUACUCUCCGGAGGCGUUUUGAGGCCGUUACCGGCGUUUACUACGCCGAGCCUCGACGAGUCUUCGGACACGUUCAGCAGAGGCACAUGCACAAAACAAAACCGCUACUAUCAAUCCGUACCGUCAGCGUCGGCGUACUAUGGUGAGGAGCGAAGCCAGCCGUUCGAGCCGGCGGGGCUCUCUCUGAAGCCGAAUCUCGCGGCGGGAGAGAGAGGAAGAGGGAGGGGAAUGAGGAGCUACAUAAGUGCGGCGAUGGAUCAGCGGCUGAGAGAUACGGUAUCGUUUGAUUCGGAGGAGUCGGUGAUGACUACGACAACGACGAGGUGCCUUGAAAGCGGCGGCGAUCUGAAGGAUUGCAAGCUUCUGAACCUUUUCGUGUAAGAAAAUCUAUGUGAGAGAGAGAGUGAGAGAGAUUUUGUUUAACUAAUGAAGAAUUAGUGGUAAUUAGAAGUGAUCGGUGAAUAAUGUACUCUGAGAGGAAAUAUGAUAAUCGGAGCCUAUCAGUUUUGCGUUGAAUA